UUCCUAAGGUUGUAUAAAUCGCCUAAUAUACGUAUUGUAGUGAAACCUUGGAGAUUAUUAUGGGCUUGACAUGUAACUCAAAUGGCAUAGACAUUGAAAUGUGCUAUUUAUUUUGGUGCAAUACCCUCUUGAGGAGCUGUCAUAUAUAACAAACUGAAAGAAGAAGGGGGAUUUAACAUUAAGACCGAUCUUAGAGUAGUGGUUUUGAGUAUACAAGGUGAUGUGUCCAAUAAUAGGCUUUGGUAUUAGGAUGCUGAACUUCCAGAUUAUAUUACUGGAGGAUUUUUCAGUAAUUAGAUACCUUCUUCAACACUUCAUGCAGAAAGCAGGACUGUUCCAGCUUCAUUGAUAAAUCUGCCAUUUUCAUACUCAUCACUGUGAGAACCUCACACCUUACUCAGAUUUAGUCUGUUGGAUCAAUAUUUUAAUGCACUUUUAGAGAGAUAUUCAUUCAUGGUACAUGUUCUCUUCAUUCUUGACUGUUACUUACAUUUUUUUUCCCUGUAACUAUGUAUUUUGUGUAUAAGAUGGGUAAUGUUAAAAUUUAUCUGAAUGAAAUAUUUUUUGGUGCCUGGAGGUGGAUGGUGUGAUUUCAGCAAACGUGAGGCAUAUAACAGAAACUGGCAUCCAAUUUUUCAUGUAUGACAUAAGGAAACUUAUAUAAAUCCUGCCAUAUUUCUAUCUGUAGUAAACUUGAAAAAUCAGUACUUCAGCAGAAGGAACCAAUUCCAAUCCACAGAUAUCUCGAGCUUUCUGUGGUGUUACCGUGGUUACCAUAGAUACUACUACCUAGCACAAAUGAUAUAGUGUUUAUGUGUUGCUGUUGGUCAUGACUGCUGUCGUUCACAGUAUUAUGUAGUGGUGUUUUGUGGUGUAUUCCGAUUUGUGUUUCCAUUGAGUUUGGACAAGAGUUUUGUUAUUUUUAUGAGUGUCUAUGCUGCCUAUUCGAGUAUACUUAUAUCAUGAUUAUGGAUUGUGAAUUUUAGGAACACUUGAAUUUUUUUGUGAUGAAAUUAAAUGGAAAAUAUGCUGGACAGAUUUUUAAAUUACUUUUUGGCCCGUUUUGGUUUUAAAACUGGGAUAAAAAGAUCAAUAGAUGAUACUGAAGAUGAUGAGUUGACUGAACGAAGUCCUAAACAGAGAAGAAUUGAAACGGCUGAAAAGCAGAAAUUUUUUACAUCUGAUCAAUUUUUGCGUCCAUCUCCUAAUUGGAGGAUGCCUAAGAAGAGACCUGUAAUUAGUUGUCGACAGCAGCAGAGACAUGUGGAUAUGUCGCAGCCAUGCGUUCAGGUAGACGGUCCGCAGCCAGGAUGUUCAUGGUUUGAUGACCUAAAGGAAAAUAUUCAAGUGUCAGAUGAUGAGGAUGUAGAUGUCCUGGGAGUGUGGCAAGAUGCCAACACUUUGCGGAAACGUAACGUGUUCAAGGCAGGCAAUGAUGUUAAGAGGACAACAUAUUCUGCAACUUCUCAGUCUGUUGACAAACCUGAUGAGGAUGACAUUCAAGUUAUCAAAGUGGUGGGAUCUCAUAAAGAUGAAAUUUCACAAAGCGGAAAUACUAUGUCUAUUUUCCAAACACCAUCUGCAAAAUUCCCACCUUUAGUGAGGCACUUUGCUAUGGAUUCAGCCAAUUCCUGCAGUUCGAAGAGGAGUCAAGUUCUGCCGCACCCUAAGUCUUCACAUUCUAAAUUCAGUCAGGAUAGCAACGGGAGCCACAGCUGCGCGUCCUCGAGAUCCAGUCACACAGAAAAGGGGAGACUGAAACUUGCUCUCAGUGAGAGUUUCCGACUCGAAGAGAAGGUGCAGUAUUCAGAACUGCUACAGAGGUUUACUAAUGUCCCCCUUCAGGCACAAAGUAGGCAUCACAGAGCAAUCUGGAAUCCGUGCGUCAGCGAAGUUAAGACCAGGGGUCAAAGUUCACAGCAUUCUGACUUUGCUGGACAUGCCAGGGAAAAACUAAGCAAACAACUCCCUAUAGUGAUCGACCUUACAAAACCACAGCAAUGCUGGCCUCUGCCUGGAAAACACAUACGAGUUCGUAGGGACAGAGAAGCAGAGCCGUACACUGCAACUUCCAAACAAGAUGAAGAUGAAACUCAUAGAGAAUUUUGCUUCAAGAGAUCAAAUUCGCUGGCAGAUGCAUUAAAAUCAAACUACUUUUGUACUGAAGAUUUUCUGAGUACUCUCGAUGAGAAAUACAAAAAGAAGCAUGAAGCAAGAAAAAGGCAGGAAGAAGAAGAGAAAGUGAAGGCUACACAUUUUCAUGAACGUGAAAAGAAGUUGCAAGUGGAGUCACUAGAACGGAUGGCAAAAUACUUAAAAAUAACUGAUGCCAUAAUUGACGACGAUGUGAUUUUUGAGGAGGAAAAACUCGUACUUCCUGAGCUGACCCCAAAUAUGCAGGCUGUUGUUGAUGAUGCACUGAUUCCCAAACCACCUAAUGAAGUUCUUGUUGAGGCGUUUGGUUUACCUAUAAAGCGACGUGAUAUGCAGACUUUAGCUGGUCUCAAUUGGUUGAAUGAUGAGGUGAUAAAUUUUUACAUGGAGCUUUUAAAGGAGCGUGGAAAGCUUGAGAAUUACCCGUCAGUUUACGCUUUCAAUACAUUCUUUUAUCCAAGACUGUUAUCUGGAGGACAUACCGCGUUAAAGAGAUGGACACGAAAGGUUGACAUAUUUUCAUAUAACCUCGUUAUUGUGCCAGUUCAUCUUGGAGUUCACUGGUGUUUGGCUGCCGUUGAUUUUCGCAACAAGACUAUUAAGUACUAUGACAGUAUGGGAUCUUCGAACUACAAGUGUUUACAGAGCUUGAUGAAAUACCUUCAAGAUGAAAGUUUAGAUAAGAAAAAGACACCAUUUAAUACUUCUGGAUGGAAGACGGAGAAUGUUCAGAAAAUCCCACAGCAAAUGAAUGGUAGUGACUGCGGCAUGUUUUCGUGCAUGUACGCCGAGUUCAUUUGUCGCAAUGCCGAUAUAAUUUUCACCCAGGAGGAUAUGCCAUAUUUCCGCCGUAAGAUGGUGUAUGAGAUUUGCAGUAGCAAACUUCUUAUGUAAUUGAGAGAGAGUAAUGUGUGGUGAUUAAGACUGCAGUAUGAGAAUUGCUGUAACCUAUUUUUCUUUCACUUUCGUUCAAUUUACAGAUACGUACGUAAUAUGAUUUAUAUUAAUUUCAUGAAGGUUGUAAGAAAAUUAAUUUUAAUUAAUCAAAAACGAUCAUAUAACACCAUAAGAGAUUUUCUGACUCAGUUGGCACUUCCUAUGCGUGCGUUUGGAAAACAAGGUCUCAUUUUUUUGUGUAAGAAGGAUUUUUUGUUUAUUGUAAAUAUUACAGAUACCUUUCUGUUGCUAAGACUGCGUAUAGUAUAAUUGUAGAUUAUAUCACUUAAGUCUUGAAGAUUUUGAGAGUGAGUGAAAGGACUAGAAUUUCCUCUGGCAAUCAGCAAUGUCAGUUGGUAACAGAAGUUCAACGUUUCAGAGACCUCAGGUAUUAAGUAGGAUUUAUUCCUGAUGAUGUUGGAUAUCUGCUCCAAAUUAAUGUGGCUGAUUACCCAAGAAGAUUUUAUCACUACCGGUUUUUUUUUUAAUAUAUAUCUGAAAAAAUGUAUCCCUGCUUUAUGUUGCUGCAGAGCAGAACUUCAGGUAGGUUUAAGAUAUAAUACAACUAUUUUCUGAUGAUGCAACUGUUAUAGUAAAUUGUCAGGUGGAGAAAUGGUCCAUUUCUUGAUCUAGUUUGAUUAUUCAUUUAUGUUGGAAGAGAAGUGCCUUGAAGACUGUGCAUAUGACAUGAUUUUUUUUACCACAUUUCAUAACCGCAUUUAGGAUUAUCAUUGUUUGGAGUUCAUAUUAAAAAUUAAAAAGUUUGGUGGAGUAAGUUAAUUUGAGUAAACAUUGAAUGAAUUUUAAAGCAUAAUUAAGCUUUAACCUCACUUUUCAGAGGAUAUUCAGAUUAAAAGAAACAUACACAUUGCUUAAAAUUUUGUUAUUGUUAUUAUCAUCAUGAAUAUUGUGCUGUACUAAAAUUUGAGUAGCACUUUGUGUUUAAGAUUUAGCAUUUUCAUAACCAUGCCUAUGGAUAUGAAUUUUUGAGAAAGAAGCUCCAUCACUAUGGCUUAUCCAAAAUUUAGAAAAUACCUGCUUUUGCCAGUACAGUAUUUGUUUAAACAUGUGGUAGGAUAAUGCAGAGUAGGAACACUGCAGUUGCAGUUAAAAUUUUAUUUUAAAACAGGCCUGUUUAUCUUGUCAACCUGUCAAGAUGGUACAUUUUGUCAUAUACAGAAUGGGUACACCAUACAUAAGUUACCAAAACAGUUUAUUGCAGAAACAUUAUCCUUCAUACAAACUGGAGCACCAAAAAAUGACUAGGGUCACCAGUUUUGUACAGUUAAAUGUAUUUUUCUCUGAAUUUUUAUUUUUAAUAGUUCAAGGUUCUAACAGGGUGAAGAUGUUAAUUAUGGUCUUCUGUGCUGUGAUGCCACGUGGUCUCCUUUGAAACAUUGGCAAACUCCUACAAAACUAAAUGGCAUCACAGUAUGGAAAACCACAAUUGAUACAAUAAAAACAAAUUUGUUAAUUUCUGAGCACAGCUAUUUGUAUGUUCUACAAAAUCGGUAUAAUGUGUUUUGUAGCAACGUGUUCUUUAUGAGCAGCAGCAUUGUAAGUAAACGCCUGUAAGAGAAGUAUUUUCUAAAUGGAUAAGCCAUAGAUUUUUUUAUUUAUUAUUAUUAUGUGAUACAGAAGAGCUCUGCUAAAUAUCAGACAUUUGACUGUAAAAUUUGUGUUAUGGAAUAAUUACAUAUAGUACAGUAAUUAUUUUUGUAGCAUAGAAAGUAUUGUUUUCUUCUAACAGUGUGAUAUGUGUUGAUUGUGGUCUAAUGGGUUGUUGUGUGGUCUUGUAAAAGUGGUUGAGAAUGUGUAAGAGGUGAUACAUUCUUCAGAAACUUUGGUAACAAUGUACAAGACUAUGGCAUCAGAACCCAGUUGAACAAGGUUGACUUCUUCACCACUAUGAGAAUCUGAACAUUCUGAUUUGGAAUACAUUUUCAUAUUAAAGACUUUCAUAGUUGCAUUGUCUUCUUCAUAAUUUUCAGUAUUAUUCGUUUUGCACAUGACAUGUUACUUGUAAUUAUUGAUCAUAAAGGAAAGUGAAAACUA